AUGCCUUUCGCGGAGACUGCCCUGUUUACCGGCUUUGCCCAUUCACUCUGGUCUUACAACCGCGAGAACUGGCAGUGGGACUGGCAGGUGAAGCAAGCAGGUGAGUUUCAGAAGCAGAACCUGGCAGUGGGCCGCUAUGGGCUUUUUCGUGAAGACAUUCGAGACCUGGCAGCCCUCACUGUUAACAAGAUGGACAGCUACCUCAUCGUGAACACACUCAAGUUGGGCUUCAUUGUAAGCAUCUUCUUGAACUACGACCUCAAGGAUGCUGCACAGCAUGCUGGGUGUAUGGUGCGGCAGGUGACUCUCCUGUUCUCCGUCAGCUUCUUGACCUCAUUCCUCUUCUUGCUCAUUUCUGUCUGGCUUGCCAUGAAUGCUUCCAUAAUUGCACAGUCCAUGACUACAAAGAUGCUGCUACAAACUGCCCGCAUUCCUUUCAUGUCAGAUGCUGAUAUUCUUUCGGCUGUUCCGGAGGCGAGAGAAUAUGAAACUCGGCUCGACGAUGCUUUCCGCUUGCCUUUAGACACCAGGGCAAACAUGGCAAGCACCGCAACCCAGGCAGACGAGCACAGGACUCAAAGGAGUCCCACGGCGCACGGUUCGCACAGUUCUCGGACCUCACCAGUGCCAUGGGCACCGACACUUGAUCCAAUGAUCGAGCCAGCAGACAGCUAUCAGUCAACGCCAGAAGCCUUUGGUGAAAGGACGAGAGGCCCGGAAAUCCGACAUGGCAACAGCAUUGACGGCACAAGCGGCAUGAGUGACGAGCUGGAUGCCAAUCCUCAUUUGAAGUUUUAUUCACUCCUAAUGCGAAACUGGCAGACUUUUGAUCUCUACAGCAAGGUCUGCAUGUCCAUCGGAACCAGCUCCAUGCUCUCAGGCAUCGCAUAUUAUGCCACCUAUUUCAGUCGCAGUGAUUCCAAGGGGGAAGUCUUGGACCCCUACACGUCUGGCUGGUUUAUUUUUGCAUUCAUGACUGUCCUGGCCUGGUGGUCCGUCACGAUAGAUGUGGUUCUGACGCGCUUUGAGCACUUUGUGUGGGCCAGCGUGUCAUUGUGCGGGCCGGCCAUGGCUGCUGUCUCCAUCCUUUCACACCAGCGGGUGCUGAUGCCCCUAGUGUUCUUGCUUCAAGGAUGUUGGGUGUGGCUGCUUUGUGGCUCUUCACUGGCGUUGAGAAAUGGUUUGCCCAGGCGUUGGCGAGCCUCCCUAUUCAUCGACAUCUUGAACCCCUACACAUCAAACAGCUCCACCGGAAGACUGGCCCGGCCUAGCAACUUGUCCCGAGCACUUCCCCCAGCCGCAGCGGCUGCUGCUGAUCAGCUUUCACAAUGCCUCGAGGCUUUGUUGCAGCCGUGCGUCGCCAUCCACUUGCAAGAGGAAGCCGUGGAACAGGUUCGUCGAAGCCGAGGCCGUCUUGAGGAGGCUCUACUACAAGUCGGCUGGCGCAAGCACGCAGCCAAGGAAGACACGGGCGGAGCCAAAGGUCGUGUAACACGCCGGGCAGUGUCGGAGGGAAGUGCACCGGCAAGAGCGAGCACGCCAGGCUCAGAGGAAGAUGGGUUUUGGCUUGCCCUUUCCACAGACGGCCCGGAGCGUCCCGAGAAAGUUUGGGUAGGAGUACGCAGCUGUAACGAACAGCUUCCACCAUUUCUGAAGCGUAACAGGGGUCAGAUGACCAGUGUCGGCGAGUUGCUGGAAGCAGCUGCCGUGCUGUUGCGCGCCAUGCGCCCUGCGAAGCACUCGCCGGCUUGGACCACACGUGAUGCCGGGCGACUGGCAGCCUACGGCGGUUGGCCAGAUGCAGCCUCCAGCUUGACAUCCUUCGAGGCCCAGUUCCGAACGAAAGGGCAGGCUGCAAACAGUAGCAUGGGUGAGUCAGCUCGGCGAUUUUUUCAAGCAAGUGCUGCGCUCGUGAGUAUUGCCUGGCUGGUUGCUCCGCUCGCGAGCCUUGUGGUGAACUUGAGCCCUCAUGAUGUCGUGCCUGAGCUCCACGCGCUCCAUGCUGGUAAGCAGAGCACCAAUGCAGCUGGCGCUGUAGCUGCCUUGGGCAAAAACUACAGCUACAGAGUGUCUGCGCAACUGAUCUCUGAAAGACAGCUGCCUCGGCCGUGGAUGCUUCCUUCAUCAGCUAGCUGUACAAGUGAUGGAACGCAGCUCAUCGUGUCAGAUGGUGUGCGCGCAUUUCAGAGCACGACAGACAGCAACUCCACCUGGCUAGGGCCUUUGGCCACUUGUUCUGGUGCUCCCAUUUCUGCGGUGUCUUUUCAUGAGACAGAUGCCGUUGCUGCAAGAUUGGAUGAUUGCUGCAGGGCUUGGCCCUUGCAUGACAAUGCAGACAGAGAGGGAGAGUGUGCAGCGCCACAAGCUCAGCAAUAUCCUGAGGUGCCACACUUUCGAGCGUUGGCUCUCAACACUUUGCCAGAUUCCUCGACACAUCAUUUACAAGGUGCUGCAGUAUGGCACCGACGCUUUGUCGCGCUGGAGCUUUCAGAGGAUGGUGCAUGGCAGGUGGCUGGAAUGCUGCCGCAGCCCACGCUACCCAGGGGAGGCGGGCAAUGGGCAGCUGUUGGCCUCAAGGGAAACGACGCAGUGAUCAUGACGGAGCACGCUGCGCUUUACCAUUUUGCAGUUGCCGAGGGAGUGUGGACGGGACCAUGGCAGCUACGGAACAGCCUCGACUGGCGAGGCAUAUGUGCUUUGAGCAGAGGUUGGGCGGCCAUAGCCAUAGAGAAUGGCAGGGUUGGGCUGUGGCAUCUGACACUGGAAGGCCUGGAAGGCCAAGACGCUAACACCAGACUUCCGCCAGCAUUUGUGUCCUGA